AUGAUGGCAACAAACGGAAGAGAAGCUCGCGGACUAAAAGAGAACGGAGCGGUCACGGAGGAGCAGCCACACGCCAACAGGGAAGCAGUUCGACCACAGAAGUUCACUUUCAGCCCCGAGCCCACCAUGGAGGAUAUUCGGCGGAUGCAGGCCGAGUUCACCGACGAGCGGGACUGGGACAAGUUUCACCAGCCCCGUAACCUCCUCAUGGCCAUGGUCGGAGAGGUGGGCGAAGUGGCGGAGCUCUUCCAGUGGCGAGGAGAGGUGGCGGAGGGUCUGCCGGGCUGGACCGAGUCCGAGCGGGAGCAACUGGCCCACGAGCUCAGCGAUGUUUUGAUCUACCUGCUGGAGCUCGCUGAGAAGUGUCGCGUCGACCUCCCCCAAGCGGUCCUCCGUAAGAUGGCUCUCAACCGGCUGAAAUAUCCCGCCAGCAAAGUGCACGGCUCGGCCAAAAAGUACACGGAGUACGAGGAUUGAGGCUGGGGGACAUUUCUGAUCAGGGACGCUUCUUCCCAGCUGCUGCUGCCUGGAGUUGCUUUUAUAAACUCUACCAAAGUCCUGCUGCGGGACAUCUGUCUUUCUGGGCCAGAUACCUUCAUAACCACGAUUACUGUUUUGUAUUUUACAUUUUUGUCUCAGACCUAAUAUGGAAGAUCUCAUGUGCUUUCCGAGUCACUGUUAAAACAUUUAUUUUUGUAAAAGGAAAAUACUUCUGGUCUGUUUGAAAGUUGUUGUUCAUGUGACCAGUCUGGUGUAUUGAUGAUGAUUUGGAAGAAGAUACUUUUCUAAAUAAUCUGAGUUUGUACCUUGGUUGCAGUGCAAAGGUGACCGUGAUGAUAAAUGUUUUUUUUCUUUAUCAUUAAUAAUAGAGAAUGUUGUGUUUUUAUGAUUAACUUCCACCAGAUUUGAACAGUUUGUUUUAAUCGUGAUUGUUACGUGUUGUUUCUUAAAGUAAAAGUAGCUCUAAGUCAG